GGGACAGGACUGCGGCGAAGUUGCUAGCUGGGGGCAGAGACGGCCACGCGGUUGCAGGAAUUGGCCAACGGCUCGUUUCAACCCUGCCUCGUUGGUGGCCACUGGAGAAACGCGGGGGGCCCCCCAGACAGCCGUGGGGACAAGUUAGAGCCAGCACUUUACCCCAGGCCUCGAACGUAGCUUCCCCUCCCCUGCUGUCGGUGCCCCCGUGUCUGGAGUGGAGUGCGGGUGUGGGGGUGUGCCCUCCGUACAGGUCCCGCCACCCGAGCAACUCUCUGAGCUUGUGUUCCAUCUCACUCUUGUUUCCUGCACGGUGGUUGAGGGGAACCACUUCCUAUCAUGUCCCGGUAUAGCUACCAAAGUCUUCUGGACUGGCUCUAUGGGGGCGUGGACCCCAGCUUUGCAGGCAAUGGGGGCCCCGACUGUGCUGCCUUCCUCUCUUGGCAGCAGCGGCUGCUGGAAAGUGUGGUGGUCCUGACCGUGGCCCUGUUGGAGAUCCUGGUGGCUCUGCGGCACAUCCUGAGGCAGACGAAGGAGGACAGUAGGGAUGGCCGUGGCUGCCAGCCAGAGCAGGUGACCCAGCGGCCAGAGGAAGGCAAGGAGAGCCUGAGCAAGAAUCUGCUCUUAGUAGCCCUGUGCCUGACCUUCGGGGUGGAGGUGGGCUUUAAGUUCGCCACCAAGACCGUCAUCUACCUGCUCAACCCCUGUCACCUGGUCACCAUGAUGCAUAUAUUUCUCCUGGCCUGCCCUCCAUGUCCGGGAGCUAUCGUCAUCUUCAAGCUACAAAUGCACAUGUUGAAUGGAGCUCUUCUAGCCUUGCUCUUUCCUGUGGUAAAUACCCGACUGCUCCCCUUUGAAUUGGAGAUUUACUACAUUCAGCAUGUUAUGCUCUACGUGGUACCCAUCUACCUGCUUUGGAAAGGAGGUGCUUACACCCCAGAGCCCCUCAGCUGUUUCCAGUGGGCGCUUCUCUCAACUGGCCUCAUGUUCUUUUAUCACUUCAGCGUCUUACAGAUCCUGGGUCUGGUCACCGAAGUGAAUUUGAACAACAUGCUGUGUCCGGCCAUCUCAGACCCAUUCUACGGCCCCUGGUAUCGCAUCUGGGCCUCGGGACACCAGACUCUCAUGACCAUGACCCACGGGAAGCUGGUCAUCCUGUUCUCAUACAUGGUUGGGCCCUUGUGUAAAUAUCUGCUGGAUUUGCUCCGGCUUCCCGCCAAGAAAAUAGACUGAAGGUGCUUUUCUUUUUUCCCUGAGGAAACAAGUCCUGACUUGAUUUGGAGAACACCCAGUUCUUAAUGAAAUCAUGGGAGAGGGCAGUACAAUGUUUGGUGUAUUUCUUUUUCCUUCCUCUCUGUCCCUUUCUUCCACCACUCUUCCUUUCCCAGCUCUUCCUCCCAGGACAUUGCCUGGAACCUGGGCAUAGUGCUGAGGGCUGGAUUUGUCCUCUGCCCCUUUGCUCUUUCUCCCUGCUCCCAGUGGCCUUACAUAGGGAGACAGUAGUCAGUAGCUUUCACUCUGCUUGUUGGUGCUUCAACAACAGCUAGUUGAGGAGAAAGGAAACAACAAGCAGUGGUUCUUUUGGCAUUGAAAUGAUUAGAUUGGUUGUGUUUCAUUUCUCCACUGCCAGGGACCUACAGGUUUAUGCUGGGGUCCCCUUUUGUCUCCAGCAAAGCCCCCACUGUAGGGGGACCGAGGCCUUGUUUCUAUACCAGCGGCAAGCCAAGAGCCACGGGAUUUCCCAACUCAUGGCCACAGUAGAGCUGUCCAGAUUCUUCCCACUGGUGUCCCAUGACUCACAGCAAGCAACCAACCAGCCACACUCUCCAGAAGGCUGCCUGCAGUGGGAGAUGGGACACUACCCGGCCCAAAGGCUUGAUUCCAUUGAAGGGGGAGAGAGCUGCUGCAAUGGCAAAUCCGAAGUGAACAAGGUUUAAAUGUCCACAGGUAAUUCUCAGCAGGACCCUGGGGGCACUCUGCCUGUGAGAGCUGAGAACUGACCCACAGCCCAGUCAAAACUGAGCAUAGAAAUUAAUCAACAGAAGUAGUAACUUGAGAAAGCAGAAAACAGAUUUGACUCAUAUGCUCCAUUUCAGUUUAAUGUUGGUAAUAGAUACCACUUUAAUCUUGAGUACCCAUUAAAUGUUCCCUCUUUCUCUCUUUUUUAAAGGCAGCUCCAGGGAAGGAUGAGCUAGAGGUGGUUUUGUUUGUUUGCUUGUUUGCUUGCUUUUCUUGCUUUUUGGAUUUUAUUGGCUUGCCCAUUUGUUUUUGGAUGUUUGAGUUUGGAGAAUUCUUGCAUCAGGCCAUGUCUCCGGAAGGGCUCUUGUCAGUGCAUUUUGUGGUUCCACAGGGUAUGUCAGCAUCCUGGGUUUCGGAAGACACAGAUCCUGCUUGUGUUGUUUCCCUAGGGUCAGAAAGCGUCACUGUAGCCAGGCUUGGUGCUGAAUUCUUUAUCGUGGGAGGCACUAUAUGCUGCCCACCCUUCCUACUCCUGAGCCUAUGUCUAGGUUGAAAGGGUGGUACCAAGGAAUUAAGUCUCCAUGGGUGGAGAUUCGAGUGCUCCAAAUGGAAGACCUUUUGUUGAGAGACUUUAGGUAAGUCACACAUGGAUCUCAAGAAGGGAGGCAGUGGCUGGGCUUUUGCUGACUCCUUGUUAGCUUCUAAGAAGAACAGAAAAGAUGGUUCAGUGAGUCCCUCUGGUGGGCCUCCCCUCCCAUCUCCCAUUCUAGGAAGCCCAGUUGCCCUGGGCCAGUUUCAAUAUUUCAGGUGUUACUGUAUUAGAUGUGGACCGAGCUUCGGUGACUCAGUGGGUACGAUUUUAGCAGAUGGACCUACAAGAGGCAGCAGAAUAUAGGAGGGUCUCUCUGAGCAAGGUGAGGCCAAAGGCAGCAACCCUGGGACCUUUGGCAGAGGCCUGCUAGCACUGAGGCGAUCAGUUCCCAGGGUGUGGGGGAACAAGAGGGAGGACACUGGGUGCUUUUAGUCCCCAUGAGCUCCUCAUGACAUGUAACCUUCAUUUUCUGCUGUCUUUGAGGGCUUGGAAAGGUUUUUCUUAGUGCCUCUCACCCUAGGGUCGCCUUCCAGAAGAGGCACCUUCUGGUUGGCUAGAUUUGCCUUGCCCACCAUCAAAGUGCUGCGUGUAGGAUGAGCUGAUAAGGAAAUGUGCAAGGCCUCAGUGCCCCUCGGCCUCUUUACAAAAAGAAAAGUUGGAAGGAGGCCAUGGGUGGAGCCGUUAGGGGCCUGCCCUGCCCCCUAUAAGUACACGGAGUCUUUGUAGGCAAAUGAUGUGCCUCGGCUGGCCACAGUGGCAUAAGUGACUCUGCAGGAGCUCUUUUCCUCCCUGUGUGGCAUGGCAUGGGUUGCCAGUCAGCCUGAGCUUUCCCCGCACUGGCAUGCCUCUAAAGCUUGCCUUUGCCCUGGCUGCAGCUCAGUGUCCCAUUCUGGCUGGCAUUUUCUGCUGUUUGGAAGGAAAGAAGAAAGUGAAAGCCAUGUGCCUGCCCUGGCCAGGCCAAAGACAGAUACACCUGUCAGGGAAGGGAAUAAGUGAAGGGGAGAUGCAGGGCUUCUGAGGACCAGGCUGGCUCAGAAAUGUGGAGGUGGAAGGAACAGAGAGUGAGCCUAAUCCAGAGGCUCCACAGGGAGUCAGGGGCUCUGGCUGAGGUGUUAGGGAGCAGUGUGCAUCUGAAUUGGUCUGUACCUCACUCUCUCACCUUGGACCAAACCUGGCCAAAAACCAGGGCAGCCUGCCUGGGAGGGUGGCACCUUUACCAGCGGGCCCAGACUUCCCAGCUCCUUCUCAGGGCCUUCCUUUCAGUGCCAAGGAGGUUCCCCAACCACUCUGGCCAAGUUUCCAUGUCAUUAGCCACUGUGUGCGAGCUUAGUGUGUGUUUGAGAGAGUGUUUGGAGGAGUGGACAACUUCUUUUAAAACAGUCCUCAGAAGAGAAGUGAGUAUUCCCUCAAGCCCCUGGGUACUCUUGGCCAAGGAUCUGGGCCAAUGAGAAGAGUCUGUUCAGUUGUCCAACUUGUGGCAUCAGGUCAGAAGAGCAGAGAUAUGGUCAUGCCUGCUUGCAGUCUCAGUAUUUGGCUUUGGACACCAAAGAUGAUCCGGCCCAUUUUCUUCCUAGUGAUGCCUAUCUCUCUGAGCUUGUGAGGAAAGCAUAGACUCUGCCUCCCCAAGUCAGUACUCUCUCUUUCUCCUUGAACUACUCAGCAUUCACAGAAGCUGCUUGCAGAGUGGAUGGCAUAAGCUGGGUGGUCGGCGCACUUUACCGUCCAGUACCAGAAGUCUAGCUAUGAGAUCAUCUCUUUAGCUGCAGUCUCAGCCAGGGCUUUGCUAUUUGUGCCGCUCAAUAAUUCAGUGUUUUGGGGAGUGGGCACAGCUCCCCACAGAUAACAAAUUGUCAGCAGGU